CGUCGGAGUCGCCAGUAACCCACCAAUUAUUAUCAUCGCUACUAGUCGCUAACUCGCCAACAAGCUAAUAGAUGAUUCUGUAAAAAAACGCCAUCCCUCUCAGAAUCCAACAGUUUCAGUUCCAUGGAAUUUAAUUCGCCUCCUGUUUCUGAUUUCUAACUGCUUCCCCAUCUUUCUUUAUUAAUUAAUUCUUAUUGAUCUGUACAGAAUUGGAUUCCAUUUUCUUCCAUGAACUUGUUUCUCAAACUUCCUUUUACUCGAACCCAUCUUCACUCUCUUGAAAUUUGACCCUAAGUUCCUGUAAUUCUAAGUAGAUGUUUAACGUCUGCUGAUUGGUUCUUUUAUUAUUAUCAUCAUCAUCUUCUUCUUCUUCCAUUUGGCGAGAGAGAAAAAGAAGUUAUGAUGACAAUAAACGGUUCGAUUACUGCUUGGAUCAGUCACUUCCUUGCUUGCAUGGGUGGUUGUUUUGGAUGUUGCACAAAACCAGCACCGAUUAUUGCUGUUGACGAGCCAUCAAAGGGAUUGAGGAUUCAAGGCCGAAUAGUGAAGAAGCCUAGCAUGUCAGAUGGUUUUUGGAGCACCAGCACGUGUGAUCUAGACAACAGUACUGUUCAGUCUCAAAGAAGCAUGUCGUCUAUCAGCAUAUCAAACCAGCCGUUCAGUCAUUGCAGCAGCACUAUUGGAAUAAACAGCAAUUCUGACUUUGUGAAUCACGGUCUUCUUUUCUGGACUCAGAGCAGGCUUCAAUGGACUCGAAAUAGCAGGGCAAGGAACCAAACUCCGCAGAGAUGGGAAAGCAAUCUAGGUUAUAAUGGAAGUUAUGAAAGUUUACUUGGAACCAGAAACCGAUAUCCUCAACCCAUUCCGCUCUCUGAAAUGGUUGACUUUCUGGUGGACAUAUGGGAACAGGAGGGUUUGUAUGAUUGAAGAAGAGAAGGUGGACGGUGUCUGUUUUCUUUCUCACAUAUGGCUCUUCCAUUUUCGGAUAUUGCUUGAGAUUCUCUAGGGUUGUUGUAUAUUGCUUUGGGGCUGAAGGAAAAUUAUCAACUAAUUUUUUCUCUUAUCAACUGUUCUUCUUCUUGUAUAAUUCCAUAUCAAAUAGAGAAGCUGCUUAUUGUAUCUUGAUUGGAAGCUAAAGUAUAAAUUAUUAUACUUUUGGAGGUGGUAAAAUGGAUUGGGUGGAUAGGCCCGGCGCCUGAUGGGCUGGAGCAGAGCACAGAACAGGUUUUA